AUGACGUCGCGAGGCCAAAGCUCCCAGACCGGCGACGACGACGAAGAUAGUUGGAGCUGCUCGGAUGAGGGACGCUCGCGUAGGGAGGGGUUCUCCUUUUGUGCGUUCGGGAUUAGUAGCUGGUUUGGACGAAAACAGAGUGAGGUCGAGUUGGAGCUUCGGAAGGAAAUCAGCAGCUUGAAACAAGAGAACCGGCGGUUGCGUGAAUUGGCAAAAAGCAGGGGUGCUUCUAUUGGUGACAUCUGUCGUGUGACUACUCCAAACAAACCUCUUGCACCAAUUCGGGGAGGAGAACUUCGCGCACAGUGCGAAACGAGAGAACUGGAGGAACUGACAACAGAGCGCAAGAAUGCCCCCCUACCUUCCGGUCAGGCCCAAUCAGUGCCCACAGUCUGCGGGGAACCCCCACCAGAGAGUUCCUUGUCUGACUGUGUCCAGAUUCCGCAGUCCAACUUUGGCGAAGCAGUGCCCAUGUCAACAAAUCCCAUAAUCAUUGUAACAGACGCGGGGCGAUCACUGGAGGAUGAACUAACACUCGUUCUUCUGCGGGCCUUUGCAGAGCAGGGCCUCGUUCAGCCACAAGCAGUCGUUGCUAAUGUAUCACCUGCCCUGGCACGUGCACGUCUCACACGUGGGACUCUGGACACGUUGGGUCUAUACAACGUGCCUGUUGGUGUUGGUACAGACGGCGGGACUGGGAUUAAAUGUGAAGAUACUUGGUCAGCCUCAGCGGAGCAAUAUGUACCACGUGAGCAGAGCCAGAGUGCUAAGGCCCUCAUAUCCGGUCGGCGCCUUCUUCACCAAACUUUCGUCCGUGCUCGAGAAACCUCACUUACUCUCCUUCUGCUGUCAUCGACAAAAGAUGCCGCACUUUUCUUCCGUGACAAUACGGAUCUAUUCCGGUCAAAAAUCAAGACAGUCGUCUUUUCGGGGGAAGCAAAAGUGCCAGGACACACAGAUGGUGAUGAGGCACAGUUCAUUGAGCCAGACGAGUCGUCUCCAAAUGUUGCGAUUGAUAUCACCUCGGCUCAAUUUCUUUUCCGGCGCCUCCAAGAGUGGGGUGUCCCGCUGAUUGUACUUGGUCAGAGAGCGGCGCGUGCAGCGCCAACACCACGAAGUGUCUUCGACCAACUAGCUGAGCUCGGAUCUCCCAUCGGCUGGCGUUUGCAGAGCUCACAGAAGGAAGCCAUCGAGAAGCUGUGGCAAGAUGCACGGUGUGAAGAAGCUCGGCGCAUCCAAUUUCUCAAACGCUACUGCGGCUCGAAUGAUGUUCCAGCCAAUGAGGACAACAUAUGGGCAUACAUUGAGGGCUUCGACGUAAAAGAUACGUUAGCGCUAGUUGCGUGUGUGCCUACACUUCGCGAAAAGUUCUUGAUGCCACAUAUUCAUAGCCUACGAGGUGCUGACCAUAUGUGCAUCGGGGUUUCUGUAAGUGAUUGUGGUAUAAAGCCCAAGCUCGAGAAAAUACUAGAAGAUUACCUCUCAAGCGCAUACAUCAAUGGCAUUACACUCAAUUCAAACCUGUGCCGACCCGAAAUCAUUGUCGUGUCUGACCCAGGCCAGGACUUGGAUGAUGAGAUGGCAUUGAUCCUCCUGCGCGCCCUCAUCGAGGAAGGUCUAGUCAACUGUGAGGCAGUCAUAUGCAAUUUACAGCCAGCAAAUCAACGUGCGCUUCUCGCACGAGGGACUCUCGAUUGUCUUGGCCUUCAGCACGUGUCGGUGGGUGUUGGGUCUGACGGUGGGUCAAAUAAGCACCUGGACACGUUUGCAAUCUCUGCACAGCACUACAUGCCCCAAGAGAUGGAGCUCAUUGACGGUCAACGAUUACUUCAUCAACUGUAUACGUCAGCGCCCCUUGGCGGAGUGCAUCUUUUACUCAUCUCCUCAAUGACCGACGCAGCUCAAUUUGUACGCGAGAAUGAGCACUUAUUUGUGCAGAAGACACAGUCUGUAACAAUAAUGGGUGGAGUGGAGCCGUUCGACACCGAUGACGGCCUUCCGCUCGUCCCGGACACAGCGAACAAUAAUGCCUUUGACAUGAAUGCGGCCAGAGAGCUCUAUGCGCAGUGUCAAAAUCUACGUGUCCCGCUUAUCAUUCUUAGUCGCUAUGCAGCGUACGCAUGUCCCAUGCCCCGAGAUAUCUAUGAUGACAUGGCCUGGACGGGUCACCCCAUCGGCCUUCGUCUCCAGACAACGCAGCGCCAAUCAAUUGAAGGCCUCUGGCAGCGUGCCGCUUCUGAGGAUCAGGAGAGGCGCAUGGGUCUGCCCAAGCGCUGCAACAAACAAUGGUUUUGUUCUACCUUUUGUAAGGGUCAAGGCCUCAGUCGUACUUGCGAUGACUCAAUCUGGGAUCUUGUCGUCUCUUUCAACAUGUACGAUCCUCUCGCCCUUAUGGCGUGUGUCCCAGACCUUCGACGCCGUUUCUUUACAUGUGUUGAAAAAGAAGUCAAGGGCGUUACUCAUACUGUUAUUGGCAUCUCAAAGCACGAGCCUGGUAUUACUGAUGACAAGGUAAAAGAGCUCCGCGACUUCAUGUAUCGGGGCUUCUUUAAGGGCACUACCCUCAAUUUCUCCUCUUACACCAAACUCGAUGCUGAUACUAUGUACGUUACCCUCAAACUGGCUAGGAAUAUAAUUAUAUCUUUGCGAUGCAAAUCGUAGGCCAAAGCGUCUCAAAGAACUAGCUCAAGAAGUCACCUCUGUCGCCAUUGAUGAAGAGAAGGCAAGCUACCCAUAA